AUGGCGCACUAUUCCUCUGCUACUCCAAAGCGCCACUACGCUUACGGGAACAGUGAAGAGAUUCUACGAUUUGACAAGGGCAGGUUGGAGGGCUGGAAAGGCGAUCCCCGCUGCAAGAAGACGACAGUUGACCGUUAUCGUGAUUCAACAGGAGCCGUUCGAUACAAGGGGAAUCGAAACCUACGUGGGACAGAGGUGUAUCCAGUCCCAUUUGCUCGGCUAGUGGCUGACCUUGUGGAGGAGCACAAGGCCAAAGCGAAAGGCCAACCUGAGUGCCCCGAUUCAGGUGUUUUUCCACCUGCUUUGGAGACGUUUCAGUCGGCGGGCUGGCAUGAAAGCGAGCUCUGGGAAUAUGUAGACUUCACCCAACUGUUUGGAUACUUGAGGGGCGGCACUCGCCUAAAGAUCCCUGAAGAGUGGAGGCCAGUGAUUCCCGGGGGGCUGUGA